AUGAAGAGGUGCGCGUUUUUGAAGCGUUACGCAAACAAUUCGGACGACAGCUUUCAUUGCUGCGGCAGGACCGAAGACCUGGCGAGAGACGCAUAUACAAUCCCUAAUCAGGCCGGCUCGGUAGAUACGCUGAAGCCAAUGGGAGAAUCUACGUUGUAUUCUUUAAUGGAGGCGUCAUCAGCUCCAGAGAGCAGUAUGCGGGGCGGCUCGACCCCAAUCCCUACCCCUCCUUGCGCGUACUACCUACCGCCGCCGCCGGCUCGACCACUCAAUAACUCUAAAAGUCUUUCUAACGUUGAUCCAACAAAUCUUCAACGGCAAAAAAUUCCCCAGAGGAAGUUAAGCUUCCCGGAUCGAACAUUGGCCGAGCAGCAAUUCGACAAUCUCCCUGAAGUCGUAAAGCAAAAAGAUCAUCAGAUUGACUCGACACUCGAAUCACCUGCGAGUUCCAAAAAAGGCACCGGGCUAUCUAUGCAAGGCAUUAGCAAUUUUUUCAGGCGCAGUCCAAGGCAGACCGCGACUCCAAUGAAAGGUUCUUCUAGCACAUCUACAAUUUCACCAGACUCAUCCAAUUCAAUAAAUUCGACUAGCUCCUCGUCACAUUUCAUGACGCCAACCAAUGCGAGAAGCAAAAAAACAAUUGAAUCGAACCUGGAUGUAUGCUUUACCGAAAGUUCUAAAGCAAUGAGGCUCUUAGGAAUCUGCAACGGAACCCCUCGUAGCAAGUUCAUGGAUCCGACUGAUGGGAAUUGA